AUGCAAAAGGCAAUGAAAAGCGCAGAAUAUAUAAAAGCUAACAAUGACUGGUUAGAUGCCCAAGCCAACGCUAAAGCAGCCCAACUCAUAGGGUCAAUAAGGACAAAAAUACAAGCGGAUGAAGACAGUUCAAAUGAAGCUUUAACAAAUGCUGACUUUAAGAACGCCUUCGAAGCUCUUCAUAGUAAGGUGAAACAAGUGAACGACUUCUCAUCUGGAAAGAAACUGAAGUCUGAAGGUUUCGACAAAGAGUUAAAAGAAGUAGCACAAAAUAUGACGAAAAUAACAGAUGCAGCAACGAGACAGGCAGUUCAAAGUGCCUAUGACGCCGUUAGAGCAACUGUUGUGAAAAGUCAAGAAAAAGAGUUACAACAGACCAAAACAGACCUAGUAAAUGCUUUCUUAAGAACGAAAAGUCAGGUAGGACAUUACGCUGCAGAUGGAACAUAUGUGCCAGCUGGUGGAAUUUAUAUACCAGCUGGUGGAACUUAUAUACUAGCUAGUGGAACUUAUAUACCACCAAACCCUCCAAGAGAAGCACCUGCACCAGGACUACCUAAAACAUUUACAUCGUCACAUGGACAUAGACACAGGCAUGCACCAAAACCAACACAACAACCAACAGUUCAAAACCCUGCACAACAACCACCUCCACAACCAGCACCAAAACCAACACAACAACCAACACAACAACCAACAGUUCAAAAUCCAGCACAACAACAACCACAAACAGAGCAAGGACAUAAAAGAAGUAGAGAACAAGGAAACCAAGAAUUCUUAAAAAUGCUUAAAGAAGAGUGUGGUUUCCCAGAUAGUAUUGACUUUAGUGACAGAUAUAAAGAAGCUAUUGGAAAGUUCAAGGAUGGAAAUACUGACCCGAACCUAUUUAGCUUUAUGGCUCAGCACCAAAACGGAUAUAAUCUCAAACCUGGAAAAUACAAGCUCGCUAAGGGAUAUGAUUUAAUAGCAUAUCAUCCAAAUGACAUGGAUGAAUUUACUCCGAGAUAUUUGAUGUCAGAGCUAAAUGACAAUUCAACUUUCGUCAUGAAACGCGUAAAAAAUAGAGACGGAACGAAAGAACAAAAGCUUAUGAAUGCGGAUGACGUAGAUAGGGAAAUUGUUGAAAACGGUCUCGGAAUAUAUGAAAUGCCAGCAGAUGAGGUACAAGAAACUCCACAGGAAGAAAUAGUUCAGAUACAACCAGACAUGGAAGAAAUAGUUCAGCAACAACAGCUAGAAGAGCCUGAAGGAAACGAACAA